CCAGUUUCGUGGAGCUAAAUAGAUAUAGAAUAUCUGUGAAUAUAAAAGGGCGAACGAUACCCCAAAGUUGUGCUAACCCACGGAGGAUAACUAGUAGUACAAACGACAGCGUAUUAAUAGAUAUAGGAAAGCUCAUUGAAGUAUCUUGGAAUUCAAUUGUCUAGCGCAUCAAAAACCACUCCCUUAAACACUCAUCCACCGCGUAAUAUUUCAGCUAUCCAUAUAAUUCGUAAAAUCUUGAUCGCCAUGGCAAAUAACACCGAUGCCGACCAAGGCAGCAAGCUCGCAGCUCUCAAUUCCGCCACAAUUGGAGUUGAGAUGCCCCAGAUAACGCUUCCAGACGGGAGCAAAGUGCAAACGGGGACUGUUGGUGCUCUACUCAUCAAUAUUCGCGCAUAUAAUGAAGCGCAUAAGGCUGGAGAUACAGCAAUGACUGCGGCCUUGGAAGAAGCGAUGCGCGCAACUCUGCCACUGUUAGAUAAGGUUGGCAUGUUCGAUCUCUUCAGACCAGAAGAGUGGAUUUCCGGGGACAAUGAAGGCCGGAAAGUUGUAGGGAAGUCGUAUUUACAGUACAAAUCGGAACAAAAGUAGGCAAGAAGUGUGAUGAACAGAGUUGCGGUCCAAAGGAUGAACGUUGUUGGUGUACCUAGGUGGUUAUCACGGGCGAAAACUCCCG